GUCUGCCGACAAGCAAGCAGCUAACGCUCCACAUUAUGAUUAUAUAUUGCAAUGGUAAUUUUCCAUAACUGACAAUCGGAAGGAAAUCCAAGUUAAAAUUCAAUAUCGCACAAACGCUCAUGUGUGUUGAUUAUAAUGUAUCAAUGAGCAUUUCACGAUUUAGUUUUCAGAUUAAACUUCGGUCUGGUGCGUUGACCCGAUGAUGAAAUCAAGUAACGACUAAAAUUUAAAAGUCUAUCAGGUAUAAGACACAAUCCGUAUCAGUGCCUUAGGAAGUUUAAAAUAAACAAUCAUUUCGUGUUUCUUAUAGCUCGAUUUUACUGGAGUUGAUUGUGCAGUUGGCGGAACAUUUUAAAAUCUGUAAACGAUGGUGAAAGAACAAGAAUUUUACGAGCGCUUGCACGUGUCUCCCGAUGCAUCACCUGAAGAGAUUAAAAAGGCAUACAGAAAACUCGCCAUGAAACUUCAUCCCGACAAAACCUCCGGGUGUGCCGAGGAAUUCAAGCUAGUCACACAGGCGUACGAGGUUCUCUCUGACCCGAGAAAGAGGGCAAUAUACGAUGAAGGAGGAGAGGAGGCAAUCAAGAGAGUCUCUAAAAUCCUCACAAAUCCGAGCAGCCAGAACAAGCCUCCUCCCUCGGAGCACUCUCUGGCUGUGCUCCUAGAAGAGCUCUUCAUCGGAGGGCGCCGUAAGCUGCACAUCAGUCGCAAGCGAACUUGCCACAGCUGUAGGGGACGAGGCGGUCGGGAGGGCGGCGCUACCGAGAAAUGCUCAUCGUGUCAGGGGUCGGGGGUUAAGAAGAUGUACCAGCAGCUGGGGAUGGGGUUGGUGGAGAUGCACGGCACGUGUCAGGACUGUCAGGGCGCUGGCUGUGUGCUGGCAGCUGCCGACCGAUGCUCCGUCUGUGAAGGGCAGAGAGUGGCAGUCGAGUCAAAAAUAGUCGAGGUGGAAAUCGAAGCAGGCGCAGGAGAGGGCAGUAAAAUCAUCCUGGUGGGGGAGGGAGAUCAGCUGCCCAACAAAGACGCUGCUGGGGAUGUUCACAUCGUCCUGAAGGAGAAGGAGCACAAAGUUUUCAGGAGAACAGGAUUAGACUUGGAAACUGACGUCAAGAUUACUUUACUGGAAGCUUUAGGAGGCUUCAGGAAGGCCCUGAAACACCUCGAUGGCAGAACGCUCGUCCUCCACCAGCCUUCUGGUAUCGUCGUUGGGCCAAAUGCGGAGAAGUUAAUUGAAUUCGAAGGGUUCCCGAAGCAAAGAAAUCCGUAUGAACGUGGACAUCUAUAUCUGAUUUUCAAGGUGGACAUUCCAGAGCGCAUUGAUCCGAGUCUGUGUCCAAAGUUAGAAGAGAUUCUUGGUGAGAGAAUGGAAAUUGUUCUCAAAGGUGACGAAGAAGAAGUAAAUCUUAUGCCAUACGAGGGCCAGAGAGUUUCAGGUGAUAGGGAACAGAGAUGGGGAGGACGCAAUACUCCAGGGGGAACAGCACAAGAUUCAGAAGGUUUCGAAUUUGGAGAAUCCGAUGAGCCACCUUGUCGACAGUCAUGAAAACGUUAGGAUAUGUUAUUGAUCUUAAAUUUGAUAAUAGUUACAUAUUACGCUCAUUUAUAAGUCUGAUUCAACCAAUACUUUAUCGAAUUUGUUGAAAAUUUUGCAAUUAAAUUUUAAACUUGUCAUCAUUAAAAAAAAUCUUGAAUUUCUCAUGGUUCCCAUUUUCAAAACGAACUGGAAUUAUAUAUAUACAGUCAGUUUUGAAAAAAUGUUACAUAUGAAUUUUA